AUGGACAUCAAAGCCAUCUUGGAAGCCUCCCCAGUCAGUUCCAAGCCGAUGGAAGAAGCCAAAGUCUUCACAUUCUUCACGAUGGAUCAACCUUCCCCCUUCCAUGGGCACCGCCUGUCCACAGAUAUCGUAGUGAUGCGGACUAACACUAUCUCGCUGUCGCACAACCAAGAUCACGUCACGAGAAGAAUGUGGAGCACACUACAAACAGUCCUUUGGCUGCCUGUGGACGGUUUCAAACCUGACAGCUUGGGUAAUGAAGCGGGGCGUAGAGAAGCGCUAUCGAAUCUCGCAGACGUUCCAUUCGCCGAUGGUACUUCAGUCACUGUACCCGAACCUGCUAUUCCUAUACCGCGGGGCUUAGGUCGCCAGGAAUUUGACGUUCUUGAUGCUAUUUUUAUAGCGAUCGAUUUCGAGUAUAGUCACUAUUCUCCAAAAUCUGGGCGCAUUCGAUUGAGAGAGGUUGGAAUUUCGAUGUUCGACACCCGUAACUUAUACCAUCAAAGUGGUCAUUUGAAUGAUGCGAUAUCCACACAGCAUUAUCGUACUGUCACAGAUAGUAGAAAGUUUAUCUUCGGGCAGACGAUCGAUAUCUUGCAGGACGGGCUUGUUGCUGUGCUUAAGCGCCUACUUUACAUUGAAAAUAACACCCUUGGGGAAAUUCGAGACCUUAUUCUUGUUGGCCAUGGUUUUGGUUUUGAGAUUAAGGCUAUGAAAGGCCUUGGAAUUGACCUAACACUAGCACCAUCUGUUGUUGAAAUAUUUGAUACAGAAUUUCUAGGGUAUGAGGUUUUUGGCAGAGACUUCAAAUGUAGUCUGAGUAAGGUCACUAAAGAGAUUGGGAUUUUAGGGGAAAGUUUUCAUAAUGCAGGCAACGAUGCUAACUUUACUCUUCGAGCUAUGUUACUACUAGCAAUCCAUCGAUACGACCCCUCGAAACUAGAUAGAGCUCAGAAGGAAAGGAUAGAGAUGUAUAAGAAGCUAGCAAAUUUUUAG